AUGGAUUCCCAAAGCGAAGAUGAUGCCGUGAUUAUUGACCGAGAUGAUGUCAGCAACUACAAUCCCGAACAGAUCCUGCCCGAAUCCUCCGAGGUCAUUCAGAAAAUCAGAGCCUGGCUGAAACCUACUUCGUAUGACUUCGAAAGCAGCGAGUACCGCAAGCACCUAGGUUCUCGCGCCCCAGGUACCGGCGACUGGUUGACGGCUAGUCAAUCUUACAAGUACUGGCUGCAGAGCGAAAAUACCGGUCUGCUAUGGAUCAAAGGGAUUCCAGGGUCUGGAAAAUCGGUAUUGGCUUCGAGGAUCAUCAAGGAACUUUCGGGCAACAACCAAGGGAGUCCAGUGCUUUACUUCUUCUUCCGACAAAUAAUUGACGCGAACCACGAACCGGCUGCACUUCUAAGAGACUGGCUUGACCAAAUCUUGACGUACAGCCUCCCACUUCAGAAGCGGUUGAGAGGGUACGUCGUGAAGGAGGGAUACAGCGACAAAACUCGAUUGCUUGCUACCAUGUCGAUGCAAGACCUGUGGGACGACCUUCGACUGGCAAUUUCGGGACUGCCCGGUAGAGUCUACUGUGUCGCCGAUGCUCUCGACGAAAUGGAUCGUGGCAACGAUGUCUUUCUACAAGCAUUAGCCAAGCUUGGUAGCUGGAAUCCCUCGAAGGUGAAAGUCCUCAUCACGAGUCGUCCGGUUCCUGCCGUUGAGGGCCCUCUGCGACAUGCCAAGUGCAACCAGGUUCGUCUUCAAGAGAACGUGGUGGAUGCCGACAUUUCGACAUUUGUGCGAAAAGCAUUGAGUUCUUCGAAUAUCUCCGACCAUGAUCGAGAGCUCAUCCAACAGGUCAUUCUAGGUCGGGCUAAUGGCCUCUUUCUCUAUGCAAAGCUGGCAAUGGACUCUUUCCUCGAGCCAGGGGCCGAUAUCAAGGCGGUUAUCGCCCAUUUGCCAUUCGAUAUGAACCAAAUGUACACCGAUUUACUCCACGAACACUCCUGCAGAUCCGGAGUUCCUGGCGCCAUUCAACGUCUGAUCCUGCAAUGGAUUACCCAUGCGACUCGUCCUCUCAGAGUCCUCGAGAUAGCUGAGAUGAUCAACGUCACCUACAAUGAUGCCGAUCAGGACUUGAAGGGAGCCAAAGACCUCGUCAGGGCUGCAUGUGGUCCUCUCUUGGAAAUCCUGCCGGACGAGACCGUGUGUGUUAUUCAUCAUUCUUUCACAGAGUACCUCAAGGGCACGACCAGGUCAUCUGAUGAUGAAGGUUACCCGGUGCUUCAGUAUGGAGAGACAAAUGCUAGCCUCGGAUCGGCUUGCCUGGCUUAUUUGCUCUCCGGAGUCUUUGACGAAACCAAAGAAGCAAGAGACACUCCAAUCGUCAAACUGAAGCUGAAGUAUCCCUUCUUAGCUUAUGCAUUGGAUAAUUGGCAUGUCCAUGUCACUAGAUCGACAGCUGCAGGCCACGACCAGACCAACGUUAACGUGACGCUUGAUAAGCUGAUGCGUGAUCCAGAUUCUAAGGAUACCUGGGUCAAACUUCAGUGGUUCACCAUGGGUUAUGCCGACUCUGGCAUAACGCCUCUCCACAUCGCUGCAAUGCAUGGGCUCACUGCAUACGCAAAACAUCUUCUUUCAUCUCCCGAGACUACUGUAGAUGCGGUGGAUGUCCGCGGCAAGACUCCGCUAUGGUGGGCUGCUUCGAAUGGGAUGGCCGACGUUGUUCAGGUCUUCAUAGACGCUGGUGCGAAUCCCGAUCAGGACGAGACUAAGAGUGGUCGCAAGCCCUUGCAUGAGGCCGCCUCGAAGAACCAUUCAGAGGUUAUCAACGUCCUUUUGAGCGCUGGAGUGGACCCCUUGACGAAGAAGACUAUGGAGAAUGCGGGACGUCGGUGCGGAAACGCAUCACGUUCGAAGGGACAUACUCCUCUGAUGUAUGCUUGUAAAAAUGGGCACAUCGAGGCCCUGGAGGCAUUUCUGCCUUUUCUCAAGGAUGAAGAAUCGGUUCACCAGGCUCUUGCAUGGUCUGCUGGAGCAGGCCGACAUGAUUUGGUACAGCGGGUCCUCCAACACCCUGGGGUUGAUAUCAACCAUAAGGUUUGCGGCGGUACGCCUCUGUUCAUGGCAAGCCGGAGCACACGCAUCAAGAUUAUGGAGCUUCUCCUAAAUGAAGGGGCCGAUCCAACAAUACGUUGCGAAUUUUAUGACGAGUUUGCUGGGAUGGGCGCCAGGAGAAUGUUGUUGCCUCACGGAGAAAACGAUCAACCCCGGAUUGUUGGAAUUACACCUUUAUACGCCGCUCUCGAGCAGUCAAAUAGAGGCAGUGCUCCACAAGCUGAGCCGGAUAAGCUCAAGAGUCUUCUGGACUUAUUCGUCGAAAAGGGAGCCGACAUUCACGAUAGGUCUCCUUCCGGUAAUUCUCUGCUGCACGUAACCAGCGGCAAUCCCGUGUGGCUGAGAAUUCUGCUCGAUGCAGGUGUCGAUGUCAAUGUCGCCAAUAACGAUGGCUGCACUGCCCUUCAUGGGACUAUGUCAGUUGAGUCUCUGUCUCUACUUGUAGAAGCUGGUAAGGCCGAAAUCAACAGGAGGGCAACUUUAAAUGGGAAAACACCGCUUCUCCUCUCCCUUGGUGGCUACGACACCGGCGUGACCCUCAAGCUCAUCGAGUACGGCGCCGAUUGCACCAUCGUUGAUAAGGACGGCAAUGGGCCUUUACACAUUUCCUUGCAAUCCUACAACUCAAAACCUCAAAUCAUAGAAGCGCUCUUACGAGCUGGCGCAGACCUGAAUGUGAGGAACAAAUCCGGACAAACGCCCCUGGACAUCAUGUUCUCGCGGAACUCAGGUGUUUUCGAUUUGAUGAACAUCAUGAUCCAAGCAGGCGUAGAUAUCAAUGCAAGAGACAAGAAUGGCGCGACACUCCUCUUUCGGACCAUCUCAGGACAAGCUUCCAGAUCGAAAAAGAACUUUCAUGAUACGAUCAUGAAGCUCCUGAAAGGGGGUGCCAUGUUAAAAGCUCGAGAUUUUAAAGGGAGGACCCUUCUACAUGAGGUGGUCAAGACACAGCAAGGCCAUGCCUCUUUUGUUCGACCGGAGUUAGGUCCUUCUACCUUUGAUUUCCUUGGCAACACCUUACUCCACGAAUUAUGUUGGCGAUUCAACACCGAAUAUAGAACAAAGGACAUGCUAGAAAUGUUGAAGAUGUUCCUCGACUUGGGGCUUGACGUCAAUCAACCUAAUCAUCGUGGUCGAACACCGCUUCAUUGGCUUUGUACCAAGGCCGAGGGUAGUCAUGUGGACCAGGUUGAGACCUACUUGGACCUGGUCAUUUCUCGUACGAAAGAUAUCAAUGUUCGCGACAAGGAAGGAAUAGCCUCGUUACAUCUAGCCGCAACUGUUUCAGAGUAUCUCACCAAGAAACUGCUUGACGCAGGUGCGGACCCUACGAUCGAGACACACGAAGGGUUGACGCCGCUUCAUCUCGCCGCCAGAUGUCGGCAGGCUAACAUAUCAUUUGGCGGUUCGGAAAACAGAGGAGCCUGGCUGAAAGAGCCAAAUACUAGCCCAAUCACUGGAGUCAACGCUACAGCCAACAAAUCCAUCCGCGGAUGUGACUGCACACCACUGUAUUAUGCUGCUCUCUCAGGGAGGCCAGAGGUUGUCUCGAUGUUGCUUGAAGCUGGAGCAAAUACGAAGGCGGUGAAGUUACGGCCUGCAAUCACUGAGUUCGAAGAUGAGCUCGAGCUAUGGCGUAGGAGAUUACCCCACGACAAUGAGAAUGGGGCAUGUGGAGGUCUUACGAUGGAAGACGUCUCACGCCCGUACCUGAGUAGUCGGCGUAAUGGCAGAGACACACUCGAUCCACUCGAAGACACGGCAAGACUCGAAGAGAUCAUAGAGAUGAUCCUUGAACGCGGUGCCGAUCUGACCAAGCAAAAUCUCUGGGGCACGAACGACACACAAUUCGGUUCUCUGACUGACACGACUUCUGACUGCCGAGAGUAUGCGCUGAAGUGCUUAUCAGAUGCUAUCAAGAAGCGGCCAUUGAAGAGCUCCAAGGCAACAACACAGAGUGCACAGAGAUUACCCACAUUUGACGAGAAGCUCCUCUCUCACCGACGUGACGCCAUAUAUAAGGCAAUCCGUGAGCCUGGCGUCGUUGUACCAGGCAAACCUAACGAGACUUUGUUCAUCACGCGACUUAGACGUCGCGAGUACGAUGUGAUUGAAGAGUUGUUCAAUCUGAGCGUGGACUUCCUGGCCCCUCACCAGAAUGGGCUUACUAACUUGGGUGCCCUCGUCAGAGGAGGUUUUACUUCUCUUGUCAACCGCAUUGGCUUGCUCGUGGCUCAAGCAAAGGUGGAAAAGGGCAUUUGGGUUGCAUCGGGCGAUGAGAAACUGCCUGGAUUCGGCCACAACAAAACAUGGACUCACGAUGUGUCAGACUACAUCAGCAACGAAUACUGCCAGGCAUUUUUGUUACAAGCAGUCCACCAAGAGGCUCCCAUUUUCGGUAUGGUCCGGCUUCUUGUAGAGAACUUCGGCGUUGACAUCGAUGAGCUGUGCGGAAAGUCCAAGAAGGCUGGCGAGACUGGCAUGGCGAAAGAUAGUGCCCUGCACUCGCUUGCCAAAGGCUACCACUGGUGGCACGUCGCUCAGGCUCUAACGUACUUGAUCAGUAAGGGUGCAGAUCUGGAAAUUAGAAACUUCAGAGGGCAGACGCCGCUCCAUAUGGCCUUGGGCACAGAAGAUGGCAUCGGACUGUUCCAUAAAGACGCCGCUCACCAUUUGAUCUUGAGUGGAGCAGACGUUAAUGCCGUGGACAAGGCGGGACGAAGCUGUCUUUCUUAUGCAGGACACGACGUUGAUCUGACUCAUUGUUUGGUCAAGCACGGCGCGAUAGUUCACGCUGAUGCAAUCUUUGGUGCUAUUAACGAGAUGCAGCCCGGAGUGCUUGAUGCUCUCUUGUCUGCCGGUGGUGAUGCCAACAUUCGGCUUGAGAAGAACGACAAAGUACCCUGGAAACCCCAGAAUCGUCAAUGGGACCUGAGUGGUCUCCCAGACGCCGAGUGGUACCCCUUACAUCGCGCUGCGGCGAAAACUUGCAGAAACGCUUACGCACAUGACCAGAAGGAAAGAACAAAGGUUCACUCAAGCGCCCUCAGCUUGAUCGAGAUCCUCUUGUCUCAUGGAGCCGACCCGCUGGCUACUUUUGUGAGAUGCUCUGGGAAAGACUGCUACCACCAAAAGAUUUACUCUCGGCGGCAAGAGGAAAGCUUUUACACAACAAGUCGCUCUGGCGAGCUGCCCGAUGGGUACGACACUACACGAGACCCAGAAUACUCCGUUGAGCCGCAAUUACAUGAGGAAUGUGUCGUCCUGCACCAGCUCAUAGGUGGCGGACACAUUGUGCAUCCCUUCUUGAAGCUGCCGGGGAUCGACGCCAAUCAUCGAGACAGCAGUGGUCGAACUCUUCUCCAUGCUGCUUGCUCCUCUAAACGGGGUCCCGAUGUACCCUUGAGCCUACUGCCAGGAGAUCCAUGGGAUCCCAAGACAUCGAAGGAGGUAUCGCUCUUCCACCAUCUCGUCUCCCUCGGCGCGAAUGUGGAAACACGAGACAACAAGAGGCAGAACGUACUUCAUCACAUGCUCAGACCUCCUUCGAAGCGCUUCCUUCAACCGCCGAUUAUCGAAACAUCACUUGCACAUGUGAUGGAGAAACAUCCAUCGAUUAUCGACCAGAAAGACGAGGAUGGGAAGACGCCGCUGUACCUGGCCGUCCACCGCGCUCUCUACGAGAAGAGUACGACCGCAGCCGAGGCACUUCUCAGAGCCGGAGCGGACCCCCUCAUCGCAGACAACGAAGGCAACACUGUCCUACACGUUCUCUCUCGCAUGCUCUGGAUUUCCGCCAUGCGGCCCCUAUUCAAUACGCUCAUCGAGCGCGGGUGUAAUGUCAACGCUCGCAAUUCGAAGGGGGAGACGCCGUUGUUCUGGUACUACGCGGGGUUCAGGGCCGACCAUCAUGACAUCUACACGCAAAAUCGUGACCCGGAGACGUACGACGAAGAGGGAGGGAUCGCAGCAUUCGAGGCGGCGGGCGCGGAUUUCGGGGCGCUGGAUAAUGACGGACAGAGCUUGUUGCACGUUGCGGCGGAAGGUCACGUUCUUCGGUUCAAGACUUUGACGGCGAAGGGGCUGGAUCCCAUGUUGGAGGAUAAUAGUAGGAAAACUGCGGUCGACGUCGCGGCUGCGUGUGGUAACAAGGGGGUUUUGAAGCUUUUCAGGCGGGUUGAUGCUGUGGAUGAUUCGGAUGACGACGACGACGAUGAGUCGCUUGAUCUGAACGAUGUUUUCUGGUCUUGUUAG